AAAAACCAAUCCUUCCUUUGCUUAUAAACCCCAAUCUUCUUCUUCGAGAGAGAGAGUGAAAGAGAAGAAAACGACAAUGGGACACGCCACGAGUCUCUCUCACUUCCUCAUCCUCUCUUCCUCCAGGUUCUCUCGUCUCGGGUCUCUCACUAGAUUACUCUCCAAACCCACCUCUCUCUCCGGCUCUUUUUCUUCCAUUUCGGUCACCGGACAAGGGUUCCGAUGCUGUUGCUCCGUCGCCACAGAUGACACUUCUCCUUCUGUAAAGAAACGUGUGGUCUCUGGUGUCCAGCCUACAGGUUCAGUUCACUUAGGCAACUAUCUCGGGGCUAUCAAAAACUGGGUCGCUCUUCAGGAUACAUAUGAAACACUCUUUAUCAUCGUAGACCAUCACGCGAUAACACUUCCAUAUGAUACACGUCAACUAGGAAAGGCAACAACGGAUACCGCAGCACUUUAUCUAGCAUGUGGUAUAGACGUCUCUAAGGCUUCAGUAUUUGUGCAAUCUCACGUUCCCGCUCAUGUCGAGUUAAUGUGGCUUUUAUGUUCAUCCACACCUAUUGGGUGGUUACAGAAAAUGAUUCAGUUCAAAGAGAAAUCACGCAAGGAGGGGGUUGAGAAUGCUAGUGUCGGUUUGUUUACUUAUCCUGAUCUGAUGACUGCUGAUAUCCUCUUGUAUCAGUCUGAUUUUGUCCCUGUUGGUGAGGACCAGAAGCAGCACAUAGAACUUGCCCGUGAAAUUGCACAGCGUGUGAAUCAUUUAUAUGGUGGAAAGAAGUGGAAGAAGCUUGGAGGCCGCGGUGGUUCGCUCUUUAAGAUACCAGAACCACUCAUACCACAAGCUGGAGCUCGUGUUAUGUCUCUUACUGAUGGUCUUUCCAAGAUGUCCAAGUCUGCCCCUUCUGAUCAGUCCCGGAUUAAUCUCCUUGACUCAAAAGAUUUGAUUGUGGACAAGAUAAAACGGUGCAAGACAGACUCAUUUGCUGGGCUUGAAUUUGACAAUGCUGAGAGACCUGAAUGCAACAAUCUCCUCUCAAUAUAUCAGAUUGUUUCAGGCAAGAAAAAAGAGGAAGUGAUGGAGGAAUGCAAAGAUAUGAGCUGGGGUACAUUUAAGCCUCUCCUUGCAGAUGCUUUGAUCGAACAUCUGAGUCCAAUCCAGGUCAGGGAAGUCAAAAUUCUGAAUCAAUCCAAUACCUUUCUUCGAGUUUGUCCCAUUUCAUCGAUGUUUUGCAGCUUCCAUAAGUAAAUGAAGGGCAUUUUUUCAUGUGCAUAUGUUAAUGUGAUACAGUAUUUGGUUUCGUAUAUGUUUUACAUCAGGCCCGUUAUCAGGAGAUAAUAGCGGAACCAGAGUAUUUGGACAAAAUAUUGUCAGAAGGUGCGGAUAGAGCCGAGGAGUUGGGAGCUGUCACAAUGCGCAAUAUGUAUCAAGCUAUGGGAUACUAUCAGAGGAGGAGAUACUGAGAUAGUAGUGCCUAUUGAUAUUUGUUGCCGGCAUUUUUGAAGUUACAAGAAAAGAGUAGAGAGUUGCACUUUGCGAAAUAUUUAUUAAUUCUUGAGUUAUUAUUGAUUAUAAUCUUUUGCAAUAACCGCGAUCUCUCAAAGUUUAUCACUAUGUAACUGAGAUAGUGCCAAUUUGUUACAGAAUAAACACAAGUAAGAAUUCGUUCAUCACUUGUGUGAUCUGUUCAAUUAUCAUAGUCACAGUUUCAGAUACAACUUAGGGUUGAGAAAAGAACUCUAUUUCUCUCAACUUU